UCAGUAGCAGCCCUGUCAGAUGGUGUGGCGUGCCCGCUAGAGAAUUUUGUUUGCUUUUUAUUUAUUAAUACAUUUAAAUAAACGCAACGCAGAACGCUCAGAACUGCAUAAUAGAGGAGACGUCCAUAUAGAGCAACGCGCAUUCACUUUACUCACACAUAUAAUAUAAUAAUUGCUUUUACGGACCAUGAAAACAACUAGUAUCGGAUUAUAUGCAUUUCGUUUAACUUUCGGACAGGCAGCGCCGCUCUCCGCGCAAGCCUCGACGCACAGCAGCCAUGCAUUCACCACCAGCUCGUCGGCGCCCAAUCGUGUGGUGACCCGAUCUGCCACGAUGUUAGCCCUGUUUGGUAUUGCGCUGUCGUCGUUCAGCUUGAAGCAGUUGUUGGCCAAGAAGCACAACAAGUCAAAUACUUUGCGCAAACUUUAAGCCAAAGACAAAACAUCAAGUUGCAAGCGAGCGUUAAUUUGAGAUUCAUCGGCCAUGUUGUACAGCAAACCAUCUGAAACCA